UAGCAGGAAGUGUGCCUUUGUGCUUAGCGGAGUGAAUUUGUGUUGGGGAGUCGAGCUGAGCUGUACUAACAGCACCCAAACCCAUUUCUGCAUUUCCCCCUUAUGCUUACACUAUCGUUUCACCUCGCCACUGUCUCUUCUGUGCAAUGGAUGGUGGGCAUCUGAAGAGCCUCCCGCGUCUGCGUUCCUGUGCGGCCGAACUACCAUGAGCAGUUCCACUCCAUCCACAGCUAAUGGCAACGAGAGCAAAAAGUACAAAGGAGACGCAUCUCCCAGCGGUACCUCUCGUGUCAUCCACGUUCGCAAGGUUCCCCUCGAGGUCUCAGAGGCCGAAGUCAUCUCAUUAGGACUCCCCUUUGGCAAAGUCACCAACCUGUUAAUGCUUAAAGGGAAAAACCAGGCUUUUAUAGAAAUGGCUUCUGAAGAAGCAGCCAUCACCAUGGUCAACUACUACACCACUGCGACACCCCACGUCCGCAACCAACCUGUCUACAUCCAGUAUUCCAACCACCGUGAACUGAAGACCGACAACCUACCAAACCAUGGGAGAACACAGGCAGCUCUACAGGCUGUCAACGCAGUGCAUUCUGGGAAUAUGACACAUUCUGCAUCAGCCAGUGACAGCAGCAUGAUGCCUGGACAGAAUCCUGUGCUGCGUAUCAUUGUGGAAAAUCUCUUCUACCCUGUUUCUCUGGAGGUUCUUCACCAGAUUUUCUCUAAGUUUGGAACAGUCCUGAAGAUCAUCACAUUCACCAAGAACAACCAGUUCCAGGCCUUGCUCCAGUAUGCUGACUCCCUGAACGCUCACCAUGCUAAAGUGACUCUGGACGGACAGAACAUCUACAACGCCUGCUGUACGCUCCGCAUUGAGUUCUCCAAGCUGACCAGCCUGAAUGUGAAAUACAACAAUGAUAAAAGCCGAGACUUCACGCGGCUAGACCUGCCCUCAGGAGACGGACAGCCCACGCUGGAUCCAGCCAUGACUGCUGCAUUUGGAGCUCCUGGGAUCAUCUCUUCACCGUAUCCUGGAGCGGCGGGUUUCGCUCCUGCUGUUGGCUUCCCGCAGGCUGCUGGUCUCUCCAUGCAGGCCAUGCCGGGGGCACUCGGACCCCUCACCAUCCCCACGUCGGCUGUUGCUGGCCGGAUGGCCAUCCACGGCAUGGCCCCCAGCACCCUCCACUCCGUUCUCCUCGUCUCUAACCUCAACCCCGAUAGUAUAUCUCCACAUGGACUCUUCAUCUUAUUCGGGGUGUAUGGGGAUGUCCACAGGGUUAAGAUUUUGUUCAACAAGAAAGAAAACGCCUUAGUGCAGAUGGCCGACGCGACUCAAGCCCAGCUGGCUAUGAGCCAUCUGAACGGACAGCGGCUACACGGCAGGGUGAUCCGGGUGGCUAUCUCCAAGCACCAGACAGUGCAGCUGCCCAGAGAGGGGCAGGAGGAUCAGGGCCUGACCAAGGACUUCAGUGGCAGCCCCCUCCAUCGCUUCAAGAAGCCCGGCUCCAAGAACUUCCAGAACAUCUUCCCACCCUCGGCCACGCUGCACCUCUCCAACAUCCCACCCUCUAUUGCAGACGACAUGCUGAAGAAUCUUUUCUCAAGUUCGGGAUACAACGUCAAAGCAUUCAAAUUUUUCCAGAAGGACCGCAAGAUGGCGCUGAUCCAGCUGGGCUCUGUGGAGGAGGCCAUCCAGGCCCUGAUCGACCUCCAUAACCACGACCUGGGAGAGAACCACCACCUACGAGUGUCCUUCUCCAAAUCCACCAUCUAGAACCUUCUCCAAAUCCACCAUCUAGAACCUUCUCCCUGCGCAUACGCCUCUCCCACCCCCAGAACUUCAGCUUCCCACACCAAGAUGACGCUGAUCGGUCAAUUGCAAAUGAUGGCCGAUGAACUACAAACAUAUGAGAGAAAACAAUAGACAAAAACACAAAAAACCAAUCAUAAUUGCUUAGUUUUAGAGAUUUGUAGGAAAAGCAGUUUAAAGAAGAAGCUAAAGACUACUGUAUGACCUUCAGGUAGAGGCUGGAGGUGAGUUUGUUUGUUUUUUUUUGGUUUUGUUUUUUUUAAGUUGGAGAUGAGGGCACUUCCAUAGCGAGGAAGUUGGCUCUCUUCUUCUGGGCUGUUCAGACACACACACACUUGGAUAGCUUCAAUGACACUGCAGGAAGUACGUUUCCUGAUCAACCAGUCGCUGAGGAUGACUUCUGUGUUGCACGGACGUGGAGGCGUUGUUGGAGAUGGAAACUCCUGUAGCCCAAUAGCCUUGUUACAGUCAAGCUGUGGGCGGGGCCACCACAGUUAUGGCCCAAUAACUGUUGUCUGUUUCAUCCAAGUGCCCCACCUAGUCCUGCUGCACUUCAGAACUGGGGCUCAUGGGAUAGGUGGAUGCAACAUUACCCAGGAAGGUCUCUGAAUGUCUCUGAUGUUAUCACACGGUGCUGCUGGGUUGGAAACCCUGUAGCGACAUUCCUAACCAGCGGGCUGUCCCUAAGUUUUGAGUAGCAGUAAAGUGCAGUGGAGCACUGAGUGACUUACAUUUCAGACUCCCUGUGCAGCUGAUCGGUGUGAACUGAGGACCGUGGAUGCGGGGGGACACUGACCAUUGUGUGUGUUUCUUGUUUGACCAGACGGUGGGGAUCUGUGAAUAGAUGGUGAAUGGAAUGCUUUUAUGUUCUCCUGUGAAAAAAAAAAAAAAAAAGGGGGGGGGGUGUUGUUUUGUUUUUAAUUUCUAACGGACAAGGCUGUAGUGGGCCCGUCUGACCUAAACUGCUGUCUCGACGUAUCCAUGGCGACUGCACAGGAUGCUGUCUGUUGCCGUCACAGGCGGGUCUGGUCCCACUGAACUGGAGAGACUUCUUUAACGAAUCAAAAACAAACAAAGAGCAUGCACGACUAGUCCAGGAAGAACUGCCAGCUGUCCAUACUCCCGGAAUACUCCGGAACACUCCAGACAGCAGAUCCCAGCUGUCAGGAGGCUCCACCUCCUCUUGAAUGGAUUUUUGAAUGUGAAUGAUGUAGCCCCUGACAAUGCGUUAUGGGUGGGGAUUGGGUCAUUCUCCACUCACUUCCCUCUUAUACCCUGAUUCAGUUCUUGUAUUCAGAUGCUGUUUUUUUUUAACUGUUUUGUUUUGUUUUCCCCGCCACUUGUUCAUCUUGUGACGUGUUGACAAGCGGUCUCCGCUCUCUAGGAGUGGGUCUUGUCAGGUAACUGCCAUAGAAUUGGAAUGAGUAGAAUGGACCUGCGAGGAGCUCCCGUUCUACUGGUUCUGUUUCUGUGCUCUCUCUGCCUCCUGGGCUGCGAGCGCUGGUCUUGUCAUAGGUCAGCGUCGGCGUUGGCACUGAGACUGUCACUUUCGUCACACACUCUCUUUUGCCUUGCUGUCCCACACUAAACACCUCCACAUAAGUACAAAACCAAAAAAGGGAGAGAGAGAGAGAGAGAGAGAGAGAGAGAGAGAGAGAGAGAGAGGUGUCCAUGUGGCACUAAUAUCUGUCCCUUCUGAAACAGUCACAUUUUAAGAUUGUAUUACAAAAGUAUUGAAAAAAAGUUGAAAUGUGUUGUAACUUAAUUUUAAGACAUUGUUAUGCAGUUUCAGUGGGGAUGGUGAAAGUUUGAAGUGUGUGUGUGUGUGUGCAGGCGUGCGUGCUUGCGUUUGUGUUUUGAUGUGUACAUGUUUAGUGCUGUUUAAUCAAGUGGUGGAACUCAUCAGGACUUUGUAGGACAGGGAUGUCUAUCCUGCUCCUGGUCUGCUACCUGCUUGAGCUGACACUCCAGCUUCUAAUGUUUACACGUUUAAACACUUCAGAAAGGCUCGACUGCAGCAGACGUGUCAAAUCAGGCUGCAGUGGCUCAUCUGGAGCACGGUUGGGCAUCCGCCUCUCUAGUGGAACACCUCCAGCGUGCAAACAGACAAGGUGCUGUCUUGAGCUGCCAAGGACUAGCCUUAACAUUCCAAGGAGGGUCACUGUAGACCCGCUGAGGACCUCUAGAGGGCGCUCCUCCUGUUCCUCACACACGUGCCUGUUUGUGUCCCACAAAAAAACAAAACAAACAAAAAAAAAGGUUCAUCAGACAAGUUGAAAUCAGCAUAAACAAAAACACUGGAGCUUGAAGGUUUGUGGACCCUUUGAAUUUACUAUAUUUCUGCAUAAAUAUGAACUAAAACAACAGUCCUAAAAACGGAGAACCCAAUAAUAUAAAUGAGAUUUAAAAAUAGAUAGUUGUGUGAAAAUUAAAAUGAAACAGAAAGCGAUGUGUUAUGCAGAAAUCUAGAAAAUUCUACAGCGUCCACAAACUUUCGAGCACCACGGUGGCUCCAGAAAUGCAAGGCAAGGGACAGUGACCGUUUUUUCCUCCUGGUUUUACCUACAGCAAUUCCAUACUUCGCUAACACUUCUCAAAAAGAAAUUGAAAGAAUUUUUUUGAAGUUUACAGUCUUAAAUAAAGCAAAACUAUUCAGGUCUAUAUAUCUUGAGGAUUGUCAAGAUUUUUUGGAAAAAAGAAGUUACUUAUUUUUGGUAAUUUGUUCUUUUUUAUGGAAAGAAAAAAAAAACAAAUUUGAAACCUCAUCGGGUUUUUGUACCACUAUAAUCAUUCAAGAAAUCAUGGUGAAAAAAUCAUAUUUACUGUGUAUUUACUUAAUUUUCUUAUUAUGUGCCUUAUAAUGUGUUUAUAAUCAAAUAGGUUUUAGAAAUAUUACCUAAGAUAUCUUAAGUACUAUUUUGUGGGAUUGGUGAGAGGGUUGAUUUCAUUUGAUCUUUAAUUUUCUCGUAGAUUUUUUUAGACGUGCUUUUUGUGGGGAUUCAGUACUGUGUGGUCUGUCUUCAAAUCAUAAGUUAAUGUUUGGUGCUUUGAAUGCACAUUGGAGAAAUAUGAGUGAGUGGUAAAAUCUCAAAAGCUCAGUGUCUGCUGUGGGUGUCCACCCUCUGUGCGCGCGCGUGUCUCAGCGUCAGUGAACUGCCCUGUGUACUUAGAAUUAGAAACAGGUAGAAAGCAAACAUUGGAACUCAGAACACUGACCAUAGGAGCUCCCAGAUGAGAACUCGACGGGAUGCAGUGAAAUGAAUAUAACCAUGGCAACCGCUUAAGUGAAUAUAACCAUGGCAACUGGGUAACAUCCCCUUCCCCCAGUCCAAACUCCUAACAGUGGAAAUCCUGGCAGUACUCGGCCUGGAGUUGGACUGGCGGGAGGAAUGGGAGUGCUGCUCCUGCCACAAGUCCGAGUGAGACCUGCUGUUCAGCCAAAUGAAGUGAUUAACCUGAAAAAAUCACAGUCCACUCCACACCCGAGGAGACGGAGCGGUACGCCACGGCAGUUCUUGUCUGUUGGUCUGGGCAAACCUGCACCAUUCACUGCAGCUUUGCAGCUCUGCUGUCAGUAGGCGCUCUCAGUAGCGCUGUCAGUAGUCCUGUUCCUGAGCACAGCUGUCAGAGACGUCCCCUCUGCGUGUCUGUCUGUGUGGUUUGAGUUCUGUUACUGUAUCUUAUACUCAUGUAGGGGAUUUGGUCUGUUGCGUGAUCUGUAGUGAUUAUUUUCCCCCUUGCUUUUUCUUUCUUUUUUUUUUUUUUUGGCAGGGAUGUGAAACCUGAUUAAAGGUGGAUGUCAGUAUGACUCUAAAUGUCAGUCGGCUGUAGCCACCGGCACACUAGCGGAAGAGAGAGAAUGUGUGCGCGCGUGUGUGUGUGUGUGUGUGUGUGUGUGUGUGUGUGUGUGUGUGUGCGUGCGUGCGUGCGUGCGUGUGUGUGUGUGUGUGUGUGAGAGAGAGAAUGCGAGAGACAGCUUUGUUUUGCUCACUAAACGUCAGUCUUGGUGGCCGUGUGUGAAGCAGCGUGUGGCGUAUGCUGUUAACGUCGUGCCCUCCCGCUCCUCAGCUCGACUGGGCGUGGCCGGCCCCUCCUCCAGCUGGGCGGGCCGUGGCCGGCUUCGGCUCUACAGCUUUUCACUCACUAAGAGGAGAACAAGCCAGCCUUCAUAACCACGGGGCACUAAAACCGUUGCUCUGGUAAUGUCUGAUUCCCGCCGUCUUGCGCAUUUUUCUCUCUUCUCCUCUCCGCUUCACUCAGUCAUUUUCAGUCCUGUCUUGACUCAGGCUCCAUUGUCCCCGCCAUGAUGAAAGACAGUUUCCUGUCACUCCGGUUUGAAACAUUUUGGGUUUUUGGUUUUUUUUAAUGGUUUUAUACUCACAAAUAACGCAGGACCAAAGUUUAUGUGCCUUUCAUCUUCUUUCGUCCAUCUUAUUUGUAUCUUUAUUCCUGAAUGUGUAUCAGAACCAACAAUCUUUUUUCUUCGUGUUUUUCUUUUUGCAUUGUUGUUACAAGUCUGGUUUCCAAUGAAGUGAAUGUGUUUUAUCGUAUUGAUUUGCUUCCCCUAAAACAAAAGGUCAAGCCAUAUAUUUGUCCCUCUAACGAGAGCUACUAUUACGAUACUGAAUGUUUUUCUUGCCCCUGAUUGGCCCGCUGGAACAGCCUAUCAUGAAAGCCUACUUUGGUCCCCGGCUUUGAAGUUAGGUUAGUUACUUCAGAACUAAAAGAACCAUUACCAAUUAGAUUUAUCAUCUCAUUUUUAAACAAAUUGAUGUAAGAAAGCUUUAUUUAAAUGUAUAAGAUAUAAUGAUUCACUAACAAAUGAAACCAAAGGAAUCGGGCUAAAAUUGGACUGGUGGGGGCAAUGUUUAGCUCUUAACUGAAUAUUCUAUUGCUAUAAAGCAGAGAAGUUGAAUUUCAUGAAUAAUUCAAGUCCAGGUGCAAUGGCUAUUUCCUAGGCUCUUAUUCUAAAAUGGUGGCUUUGUGGGUGGGAUGUCGAUCUUAAGCUCAGCUGUUGUAAUGCUGCAGAGGCUGAGAUCUCGGGCUCUCUGUUCCUUAGCAAAGGCAGUGCAAGCCAUCACAGAUUAGCUAGUAUGGAUCAUGGGGUAGAAAAUUAGAUUUGACAAGAUGCCCAAUAGUUUUAAUUUGCCCUCCAGUCAUGAUGAAUUAAGAUUAUGCAUGCAUUUGACAUUUUAGACAAAACAUGAUUUAUGGAAUUUAGGCAUAAAACUAAUGUACUUUGAUCUGGGAAUUACAUUGGCUGUCUGAACACUUUGAUCCCUAAAUGCACACAAAUCAAAUGCAAAAACGUCCAUUGCACUCGUUCUUUUGAGUUGAGGUGUUUCUGAACUUAAAAUUUCAGCCAUCUUGUCUUUUCUAUAUUUUCUUUGUGUGGAAAUGAUCUGGGCUGCAUUUAACUAAUUGAAUUUGUAAAUUUGCAUAAAAAGGAGGGACUAAACUCAGCUAAUUGAGGUGGAGCUCAGGCACAGCACACAUACAGAAGUGCCUGCAUGGACCUCAGAAUGCUUGACACACCUUGAAAUACCUAAUUUAUAGCUUGGAUGAAUGUUCCACUACCAAAAGGAAACAAAUGCUGUAAAUAUACGUUCCCUUUGUUUAGGGAUUUUUUUUUUUUUAAUCCUGGCCCAAAAAAAGAAAAAAGAAAAAAAAAGGUUUUGCGGAACAAGAUACAAACAUACGAAUACGAACUGGUUUUAUAUUUAUGAACAUUAACAGAAAAACACAAUUUGUCUUCUGUAUUUUGAUAUCAUACCAGUACCAGCUUUCAUUUGUAAAGCAGUUGACAUUGUGGGAAACGGGGAGAGAGACGUGCAGAUUCAGUUUGAUGUAAUAAAAUGCAAAUAGAAGAUGACUAUUAAAGAAACAUAUUUUCUAAUUUUGCAGUGCAUGGUUGAUUGGAAGUUUUUUGUUUGUUUGUUUUAUAAUCUUGUAGGAAGCAUUUCUUUUUCUGUUUCUAAACUGCUUAAUAAUAUACAUAAUCAUUAUUAGAGUUACGGCUAUUAUUAUUAUUAUUAUUAUUAAUAUUAUUAUUAUUAUCCACCCAGAGUAUCUGCUGACUUUUUUCCUAAUCAACUUUAAUUGUAGCAUGCCUUGAAUAAAUGUCAUGACAUCUGUACUUUCCUCA